CAGUAGUCUCGCCCACGCCAAUUUUGAAGCGAGGGUAUAUACCAAAAACAAAUGUUUAUGAUCUCACUAUAGAAAAAGUUACUUUGGCUCCAGAUGGAUUUACUCGUCAAUUAUCAACCAUUAAUGGUCAAUAUCCUGGACCAGUUCUAGAAGCUAACAAAGGAGAUCGUAUUGUAUUGAAUAUUCAUAACAAAUUGGGAGAGCCAACAGCUAUUCAUGGACAUGGGAUGCUUCAAAGAGGGACUCCUUGGUUCGAUGGAGUACCAUGGAUGGCUCAAUGCGUUAUACCAGACAAUUUUUCAUUCACCUACAAUUUCACAGUUCCCGAAGAAGCCGGCACUCAUUGGUAUCAUGCGCAUGAAACGCUGCAAUAUGUUGAUGGAGCUUUUGUUAUUCACGAUCCUGAUGAUCCGUUUAAAUCGGAAUAUGAUGAGGAAAUUAUUGUCAUGUUGAAUGAUUAUUAUCACACCAAUGCGCAGGUUUUAUUAAAACAGUUCUUAACUCCAGAAAGUCACGGAGUAGAGACGAUUCCUACACCUACAGUUCCCAAUAACGGUUUGAUCAAUGGAAAACAUAAUUUCGAUUGCUCCAAGGCCCCGUCGGGUUCUAAAUGUGUGGACAAUGCCGGUCUUGCUAAAUUUGAAUUUGUUCAAAAUAAAAAAUAUCGCCUUCGUAUCAUUAAUACCAGCGGCUUUUCAUCAUUCUUAUUUUCCAUUGAUAAUCAUGAAAUGGAAGUGAUAGAAGCAGACGGUUCAUAUACUAAACCAAAUAAAAUCCAUCGUCUUCCCAUCAAUGUCGCUCAAAGAUAUUCUGUUAUUGUUACCGCAAACCAACCUGUCGAUAAUUAUGUAAUGCGUUCUGAAUUCCAAAAGAACUGCAUGCCAGAGGCUGCAGCUAGUCUUCCUACUAUUAAAGCUAUAGUACAUUAUGAAGGUGCCCCCGACAAUCCUGAGCCAAAAGAUAAUCCAUGGUCAGAUUCCGUGGCAGAAUGUGUUGAUCUUGAUCACAAGACCCUACAACCACUUAAGGAAGAAAAGAUUCCCGAAUCAACGAAAAAAUUGGAACUCAGUAUUGCUUUUCAUGAGAACAAAACAGGAGUUGUUAAAGCUUUCCUCGGUGGAUCUACUUAUAUACCCGAUAUAAAUUUCCCGACUUUAGAUAAAAUCUUUAAACAUAAACAAUCUUACGACCGUAGUGCAAAUGCUUAUGUUUUUGAUAAAGAUGGAGAAGUAGUUGAUAUUUACUUUAUCAACACUGACGAUGACGAACAUCCGUUUCACAUUCAUGGAUACCAAUUCUGGGUACUUGGAACCGGAAAUGGAACUAAAGUUAAUGAAGAUGAUUUGAAUACACAUAAUCCGAUCAAGCGUGAUACUGCAACAAUACCUGGCUUAGGGUGGAUUGCCAUCAGAUUUGUUUCCGACAAUCCCGGAUGGCAUUUGGAAUCUGGUCUUUUGAUGCAGUUGGUUACACUUCCAGACGAAAUCUUAAAAAUGCACCCUCCGAAAGAAUGGACCGAAUUAUGUGAUUUAGGUGAACGAUAG